ACAUCUCUUGAAAAUAUUGCAUUAUUUUUAAAACGAUUCGCCAAACUUUCUACUGAAAUGUGUUCUUCUAUAUAUCCGACAAUUAGUAUAGCAUAUCUUAUAUAUAAUUAUCUUAUGGAUCAUUGUGAAAAAAGAAUAAAUGAUCAAGCCUGUGAUAAAAUAUCAGACGCAGCAAAAGCAGCAUGGGAAAAGCUUCAAGAAUAUUAUAAUAAAACUUCAGAAUCUUAUUAUUAUAUUUCCACGAUUCUUGAUCCCCGUUGGAAGAUUAAAUAUUUUCAAACUUGGGCUAAUGAUAAUUAUGAUCAAGUUUAUUAUAAAGAUGCGAAAAAUUUGUAA